AUGAAAUUCGGCCAUGCUGACCCCGUGAUUAUCCACGUGCACGCUACAUUCCUGAAAAACUUUAUGUACGAGUACUGUAACCUUACUGGCACUUUUUGGAAGCCAACGGUGACUUCUACGAAAGCUGAAGACGCCAAAAACAGCCAGGACAUGUCCAAAAAACAGGACGGAGAUUUGAACUAG